UGCCAGACCACUGAAAACUAAAAAAAAAAUUGGGGCAAAAAUAUUAAUAGCAUAUUUGGGGAAGAUAAACAAACAGAGAAACUAGCUUGAAUUAAUUAACCUAAUUGAAAAUAAAAUGGAGCGCAACAAUGGACGCUAUAACGCCUACAUACGCCGCCAGGGCUCGGCGCCUCAUAACCACCAUCACCACAACAAUAAUACAACAUCAGCAGCGUCAUCGCUUGGUCCAGGAGCGGCUCCAAACUCAGCGCAAUACUCCAAUAGUAGCAUUAGCAAUGCAUCGCCAGUUGGCGGCGGCGGUGUUGUCAUUGGAGCGGGGGUGGGUGGGCAACAACACAACAACAGUAAUUUGUCACAGCACGACGAGCUAAUAAGAUACAUACGAGAAGCAUGGAAUAAGGUUAACGAACAGGGUACACCUAUAAUUUAUUGCAACGAAUCUGAUAAUCAAUUGAAAAAUUUCAAACCAUUCAAUCUGGAGGAGUAUUGGGGCCAGCGACUAGUUCAGAAUAUACAUGUUACCACAACACAUGCUGGCGGUCAUCAGUAGUCUAAGAUGGGGAUGGCAGCUGGACAGGAUUACCUUUAAAUGGUGCAUUGCCUAAAUAAUCGUUUAGCAUGUAUUGAAUGUAAAUGAGAAGAGAAGAACGAGAGGGAGUACACGAUAAAUAAUUAAUUAAUUGCAUAUUUUGUAAAAACAGGGUGCCAGUUCUUACCCACAUCAACUUUUGACGAUUUUCUUUCACUUUGAAGGAAUUGAUUUAAACAAUUUAUUUUUCGUUCUAUCGCUAAUGUAAUAAUCAAAUUAAUUGAGUGCAAAAACACUGCCAGCUGAGAGGCGAAAUUUUUUCUGUAUAUGGUAUAUAGUUGAAGGAAAUAUUUAAAUUUACACGGCACCCUGUUAAUACAAAAGAAAACAAAUCAAAUAGCAUACCUUUACUUUUAUGCUUUCCAUAUUUAAAUACAGCGCCUUGUUCGCGCUCAAAACAGAAAAACAAAAAUCGAAAACAAUAUGACAAUGAA